AUGUUGAGCUUCAGGCGGCUCUUUACCACCGCCAUCUUGUUGGUGGUGGGAUUGCUCUUCUUCGUCAAGUCGGCCGAGGCUGCCAAGGGCCCCAAGAUCACCCACAAGGUCUACUUUGACAUUGAGCACGGCGACGAGAAGCUGGGCCGAAUUGUCCUGGGUCUGUAUGGAAAGACUGUUCCCGAGACCGCUGAGAACUUCCGCGCUCUUGCCACUGGCGAGAAGGGCUUCGGCUACGAGGGCUCUACCUUCCACCGUGUUAUCAAGCAGUUCAUGAUCCAGGGUGGUGACUUCACCAAGGGCGACGGCACCGGUGGCAAGUCGAUCUACGGAAACAAGUUCAAGGAUGAGAACUUCAAGCUGAAGCACACCAAGAAGGGCCUCCUGUCCAUGGCCAACGCCGGACCCGACACCAACGGCUCCCAAUUUUUCAUCACCACUGUUGUUACCUCAUGGCUCGACGGCCGCCACGUCGUUUUCGGCGAAGUCCUUGAGGGUUACGAGAUUGUCGAGAAGAUUGAAAACGCCCCGACUGCCGCCGCUGACCGCCCAUUGAAGACUGUCAAGAUCGCCAAGAGUGGCGAGCUGGAGGUCCCUCCCGAAGAGCCCUCCGGUACGGCUGACGCAGCGCGGGUUAUUGACGCUGAUGCCGCGGGUUCUGCAGGAUUUGGAGCGCUUCGUGUGGUGAUGUUUGCAGCUGUCGGUGCCACCAUUCUCGGACUCACUCUCCGAUUCAGGAAGUCUGGCAAAUCCGCCCAUGAAAAGAACCUGGCCUGA